UUUCUAAAACUGAAAGUAAAUAAAAUUUGUAAAAUUCGGUUAUUUGACGCGCGCUCGGAAUAAACAUUCGGAAAAUUCAAAAUAAAAUCGAGCGCUAUACUGGAUGUUGCCCAAAUUUGAUGUUCAUGACACAUUAACGAACCUUCUAAGCAACUUUGUGUGAACUACUUAUUACCUGCUGUAAAUAGGACAAUUGCUAAUAACUUUACGAUCCUUUGACUUUUGCUCGUUAACCUUGAUUUGCAUCGGCAGUGAGAAUUCUAGAAUUGAUAAGGCAAAGAACGUUUGUAUUGUUUUGGCUGGAGUCAAGAACCUGUCAACGAGAACAGUGUUUCUGUGAUGUGAAGUCAAUGAACAAUGUGUACUCUCACCCCCACAGUACGCCUCAACUCCUUUGCCAUGACCAGGCAGAUCGCUCCAGUGUACCUUGAAAUCCCGGACAAUGAAACCCUGUCUGAUAGCACCGAAGAAAAGAAAGCUCGCAAUUCUAAACGGGACUUUCAGUUCAAGUUCAGCCUAACAUUCGAGGGAGUGCAAGUUGAGGGAUCAGAUAAAACCAAACAGAAAGCUAAACACGAUGCAGCUGAGAAAAUGAUAGAGCUGUUGAAACCGAAGUACCCGAAGUAUUUUGUAGUAAAAGAAAAUUUGGAUCUAGAGGAGGAGAUGUUAAACAUGUUGGUUGAGAAGAAGCUGACUCCCAUUUACCAGUACGUGAGGGAGGAAGGCAGCUCCGAGAAUAGGAUAUACACUGUCAACUGUGCUAUCAACUCCCUUGUUCUAGAGGGGAAGGGAAAAGGGAAGAAGAAUGCUAGGCUGGAUGUCGCAGAGAAGAUUCUUCAGUAUUUUAAAGAGCACGAUAAUGUGGAUAAGAAAGCUGCUGACCUUGCAGCGGACGAAAAGUCAAACAAUUCUAACGAGAAGACGGUUGUGGAGAAGUUGGAGAACUGUGUGUUCAGUGAUCCAGUGAGUGUUCUACAAGAGUACCUCGUUCACAAUAACCUGGACCCUCCCUCUUACUCUUCGCACAUUGCUGACAGGAUAUACUCUAUCACAUGUAAAGCUGGCGGCAUAAGUUACAGUGCAUCCGCAAAGAACAAGAAACUAGCAAAACAAUGUGCUGCUGCUGGUGUUGUUGAUAUUCUGGGCGUAAAAGAGAGACCAAAGAAAAAGCCUAAAAAGAAGAGUUCCAGAAAUCAGAGAUAUCACUUCAGAUACCCUGCUCCCUUGACUCACAGACAAUUCGGAUUCGAGGGAAUGAUGACUCGACCAAAACUGUACGAGCCAAGUCAGCGAGCCAUCAACUUCUCACGCCGUAACCCAGAUGACGAGACUUGGGUCGCCCAGCAGAGACCAGUUCAACAUUACUACGACAUGUUUUAAACGAUUCUUGCAGAUGACACUGGGACAACAGAUCCUCCAAUCCCAGACAGCACACGUCAAUAAGAUAACUAUUUUUAUUCAAACUUCUUUAAAUACAGUGUUCACACGUGGCCGAGAUCACACGCUGACUACCAGGAUUGUGCAAGUUUUACCGACGGGUGGAAGGGGUUGAUUUGACGUUAAAGUUACAUGCUGGUCGGAAGCCAUGGUUUAUUUAAAUCCCCGUCAUGACUGAUGACUAUCAGAAGAUUAAAUCAAGCUUUCAUCAUCGUUGAUCUGCCGGGGUGUAAAACUGAACAACUUCUGCAGUCUGCACUCCACAGUUGUAUUUGUGUUGUUGAGUGUGUUUGCUGAAUCACAGAGCACUAGUAGUUUCACUGGUUACAUCAUAGUAUGAACUGCUUCUGUGUUCGUUGAAACGUUAUAUAACAAAGAUCAGAACUCAGUAUAAGUUUUGGAGAAAGUACUCUCCCUUGUGGAAUGUGGGGUCCCCAUUCUGCCACUUUUAUGGUAUGGCUAAUGGCCCCAAAUCUCCAACGUUAAAAUUUGAUGUUGAAUAUUUAUUCGGGCUUUCCAGUGACUAUUAUGACCUGUUUUUUCUCGGCAGAUCGGUAUUAUUGAGAUAAGUUAUAACUCACGUUUUUAGAAGAUAAAACAACCUUGAUUCAUAGAUACAAGUUUUAAGUUAGUGGGUUUAUUUGGUUUUAAACUCCUUUAAGAGAAAGUUGUUUAGACCGUAUCUUUUGUUAUCUGCGUGUUACAAAUAUAGAGACUCAAACUGUUGGGAUGUAAUUUUAUAAACUCAAAUACUUCAUUUAUAUUUAUUUUGAAAUUAUCA